AUGGCCCAAUGUACUCUGUCAAAUGUUACAAAUCUUUUCUUGGGUGACAAAUCGCUAGCAAAAGACAUCAGUGGUAUAAUUGCUGUUUGUGAGGAUCUACGUGAGAUUCGUGCUCGUGUGGCAUAUGAUAUCAAGAAGCUGUCUAAAUUUACUGGAGACGGUGGGUCGAAGGGAGAGACUGCUCAGGAUAACGAGCCCAACCUUUUUUACGAUUCUGAUUUUGAGUACGGUCAUAAUGAUGCUAGUUUAGCACAUGCCCCAUCUGAGAAUGUUGAUUCUGUCAAUUUUGAUUCUCUCAGUGCUGGUUCUGUCGAUCUAAAUUCUGAUGAUGCUAUCGACGAAAAAAAUAGAUCCGAAAUGUAG